AUGCCGUCGCCAGAAGCACUGUCAUACACAACCUGUCAACUCCUGGGUCUCAAUCGGCCAUCCAAAUAUAUCUCCAACCAGGAAAGAAUCAGAAAAUCAGAAUUGCUUCGCAGAUGCUUCUGGGCCUGCUGGAUCACGCAAUGCAUUCGGGAUCUGCCACUUCACCCGCGCGACAAUAUUCGUUCGAUCCGUGAUCUUUGCCUCCCUAUGAAUGAUCAGGAUCUGGGAGCGGCUGCGACAGAAGGUCAUCUUAUCCCUGGAAACUUGGCUACUGAGCGGCUGUCAGAUUCUUUGCCCGAAGAGUGCUGUCGGAGCAAUAAGACAUCGUUAGUGAUCCGCGCCCUUACGCUAUGGUCUGAGAUCAAAGAAAUGAUCAAGGACCAACCAAAAGCAGAUUCUCCAGUCUAUCUGUGCAGCAUGUUGGUAGCGGACGGUAAGAUUCGCCAAUUACAAGAGCGCAUAACAACAUAUAUCAACACCGUCGUCGAUGAGACAGACUCUUCUCCCGACGAACGCGAUCUUUCAUACAGCUUUUUCUAUCUGCAGGCUGUAUAUUAUCAGUGCCUCAUAUUCCUCUACGCAUCUCUGAUUCCGAUCUUCUCAUGUCAACAGCAAGGAGAGAAGAAUGACGAUGCAGUCCCCCUAUCUAUGCUCGAAACGUCCAUACGAACCGUUCUCACGGCCGCGACCCAGUUCACAUUCAUGUUGCUGGACUUUCUCGCCACCAAACCGGAUGUAACAAGGAUACCACCCUUCAUUGGCUACUGUACCUUUGCCGUGGGCUUGGUCCAUUCUACUCUCAAUUCCCUGUCUCCGAGUCUGCCAGUCGCCGACGCACAUUGCCAGCAUAUGCAGGUAGCACUGUUGCUCCUGGACGAGCUCAUAAUCUACUGGCCUAUACUGACACCUUUGCGUGAACGCAUAGUAAGAGGUUCGAACUCCACAACCGAAUCCUCACCGUCGCUGCAGAGCCUCAUCGGUCGACUGCCAGCAGAGCUACCAGAUCGGACCUCCAGCAUCGAACGUAUAUGCAAAACCGGCUUGCUGACGCUCAUGAAUGGGUCCUAUCGUCACACCAUUCGGCAGCAUCCCAGGUCGAGGACAACCGAAAGCGUUCCGAGCGCUCCUCCUGCAGAACAAGGCCUCCCAAGACUACUCGGCAUUCCCUUCAUUCCCUUUCCUACCACUCCAGUCGAGGGUGAAGAAGAGUGUCCGCGCUCUCCUUCACCUUUGGGCUUUGACAGAAAGAAGAAAGACAAGCUGGGCGUCAGUACUCAUCACAACUUCAUUACAAAAAACCUGCAGCUGCACCGGGCAUCGUUUCAUCAGGAGAGAAACUCAAGCUUAGACGCCGGUGAUGAUUUUAAUCACCUCUCCUGCUCCAGUAUCAGUGACGAUGCUGCAUCAUCUGCCGAGCGCCACGACAGAAAUUUCAGCCUUCCCAGUUCUGUUUCCACGAGCCUGCCCGGUCUUCCUGGCGCCGGUACGAACAUUGACCUUUCGAUAACUGCCCACUUACAACCCGGACUGGAACCAGUGCUUCAUCCGUCCGAUCAAUCCUAUGAUAUCGAGUCCGAACAGUCUCACAUGAAUUGGUUUGGCGUGCCGGGAGCUGAGCUUCUCUCUAUGCCAGAGCUCAACGAGUCCUACAGAGGGAUGGCUGGAGGGCGUGGAUUCGGCGACUUGUGGCAGUAG